AUAAAUUAAAAUUAAAAUAAUGAGAAAACAAAACAAGGUCCAAAAUACCUUGUGAAGAAAAUGGCGACGGCGUUUGCCAACACGACUUCAAGCUCCAACCUUUACCUCCAUCGCUGCCGUAAAAACCAUCCUCUUCCAUCUCCGUCGUUCUUUUCACCGUUCCGGUCGUCUCCACUUCCUUCUCAGACCCUUUUCCUCGUCCCCACUCCAAAACCUGUACGACGCAUCGCGGUCGCUCCUCUCGGCCCUCCAACGCCGCCUAGUCCCGACCCACCUCCGCCUAAAAACACGACUGAGCUCACAAGUCUUGUGGGAGUAGCGUCGAUGAUUCAAGACCGUGUAAAGAUCUUUCUUUCAGUACUAAUUUGGAUCUCUCUCUUCUUUUGGGCUUCGGCUUUACAAGGAAGAGGCAGCAAAGGUAAUGGUAAAGGGAAGAAGGGUUCACGCUUCAAAUAGUAUUAGUUAGAUUGGUGUGGUGAUGAUGAUGAUGAUUGAUGAAAACUCCUCUACACGUUUGUGUAUAUAUACAGAGGAAAUAUUCUUCCAAGUAAAGCAAAUUUCUUGUCAGACUACAGUUUUAUACUAGAAACUAGAUUGUUCUCUUCUUACGAUAUCUCUAGCUUAGAGCUAUAGAGAUUACUCUACUGUGAUGAAACUAAAGUAGUUUGCAUUUAAGUCAAAAUGCCAAAUCAAUAUCAUUGUUUAUUGAAAGCUGUUUCAGAUUGUAAAUGACUAGAUGUGUUUGGUGUGUGCUUGAUUCAGCCAAACGGUAAACCGCACCGUUUCUUUGAUUUGAAUGUUUGUUGUAUAAAAUGGGCCUUUAGAUAUGUUAUAUAACUUGUUUGGGCUUCAACAUACUCUUUUAUUGGGCCUCUCUAUAUAAUAU